CCCCACCACCUCCAUCCCACUUCCCCUUCGAUGAUUGGAGCGUAUGUGAGUAUAUAUUUAACGAUUGAAGCAGCUCUCGUAAGAUUACAUACGAAAGCAACCAUGGACAACGUGAGUUUCUGCCUCUCUGAUCGGGCCUGUCGCAUCACUUUCGUUCAUUGCAAUGGCACAUGGGCUAACACAACGCUUUCAGCAACAAACUUCGGAUGAGAAGCGCGGCAAGAAUGCCGCGAAGAACAAGGCGAAGAGAGAGCGAACCAAGAAGAGAAAGGCCGAUGAGAAGGCGGCGGCGGCGGCGGCCCCGGCCCCGGCCGAGAAGAGUAAGUCAACCCCUUUUCCAAGAUGUCACAGCCAAAAUUCGAGAUCUUGACAAAACAAUGAGGUCCUCUCUUUCCUCGAUGUUCCGUUCUUUAUGAACAAUCACUGACAGCAUUUUUGCAGAGAGAAAGCAUGACCCCAAGCCCCUGCGCCGUGACUGGGAGGCUAUGAGAGCCAGCCUGGUCUUCGACGACCGUGGCGUAGGCCACACACCGGACGGCGAGUGGUUAUACUAUCCAGGGCCACCUACCAAGGAAGUUCUGCCGGCUGGCCAUGCCGCCGAACGAGUCAAGUGGAUGUCCUUGGGUUUCGUCGAGGAGGGAGAGAAUGCGCGGGAGAUGUUGCCGUCC